AUGUGCCCCGCAACUACAGAUUUUGAAUAUAGGUCCCUACAACAUUCACAUCUGCAAUGGAAUUUCUCAUCAUUAAACAGCAAUCCUGGCAGAGGAAUCAGAUCGGGUGUGAGAUCUCCUUGCACGAUAGCUAGACGAAGAUACGGUUUUGUAAAAAUUCAAGCUAAAUUAUGCAGGCAUUCCAUGGAAAUUAUGCCUUAUGUACAAGCUGCUGCUGUUUUAGCUUCAGAAACAUGCAAAUCAAUUUUUAGGGAUAGAAGAUGGAAUUGCUCCUCAAUUGUUACUGCUCCGUUCCUUACACCAGAUCUAACCAGAGCUACUCGUGAGCAAGCAUAUGUUUAUGCCAUUAGUUCCGCAGCUUUAACUUACACAAUGGCACGUGCUUGUUCCAGUGGAGCUCUUUACCAUUGUACAUGUGCCAGUAAGCCAACAUCUCUUCCAAACGGGCAGUUUCAAUGGGGAGGAUGCGGAGACAACGUCAAAUGGGGAGCUCAGUUCGCCAAAAGAUUUAUUGAUAAUGUGGAAAAACAUAAAAUAGAUAAGAAAAAUACAAGCGUUAAGAAAGAAAGUGAGCAAGCGGUAAAAACAAAGAUGCAAAAGGACCAAGGAGCCUAUUUUGGAAUGGACAAUAACGCCAUCGCUACUGUUAACUUGCACAAUAAUAGAGUUGGUAGGAAGGUAAUGACAGACAGCUUAAGAACCCAAUGUAAAUGCCAUGGUGUGUCGGGAUCUUGUAACAUAAAAACUUGUUGGAAAGCACUUCCACCAAUGUCAGAAGUUGGAGAGAUAUAA